CUACAAAUAUGACUGUAGGCCUAUAGUUUUUGUUGUUUUUGUUGACAGCUGUCUGCUCUUUCAUAUACAAUACAGUAGGCCAAUCAUUCAUUAUAGUUCUAGUUGCCGCUAGGCAUAAGCAGAGUAAGCAGGGCACUUAGGGAAGCACGAAAAUAUGAAUCGAACACAUCACAUACACCAAACUUCCAAAUCAGGAGGCAAGUUCAAGGGGGCACGACCCAGUGAAUACUGAAUAGGAUUGGCUUGUGAGCUGUCAACUGUUGCCCCAUCUGUGUGAACAGAUAGUUGUCAGUGGUGCGAAACGAAUUGUGGAAAGGACUUUUCCAGGGUGUGCACCUGUGCUGGAUGUAAGCUGUUCUUAUCAGAAAUGACAAUUGACUCCCUAGAACCAGUCUCAUCUCGUCUCUCAUGGGGGCAGUAACCACCAUGGACCCCGAGUCUGCCCGGCAACAUGUCGCCUCACCCGGCCACAGCCCCUCGCCCUCCUCCCCCUCCUCGGGGGCGGUGGCACAGGGCAGCAAGGUGACCAAAAGCGGGGCUGCCCUGACCUCCGGCCUGGCUGCCAUGCUGGGCCCCCAGGGCAAGCACUAUGUCUGCGGCUCGCUGUCGGCCUUCACCAACAUCAUAGUCACCUUCCCGCUGCAGAAGGUGCUGUUCCGGCAGCAGCUGCACGGCGUACGGGCCACGGAGGCAGUUCGCCAGCUGCAGAGGGACGGCCUGCGCAAGCUGUACCGAGGCCUGCUGCCGCCGCUGCUCCAGAAAACCACCACAGUGGCCAUCAUGUUUGGGCUGUACGAGGACUUCUCCCGGCUGCUGGAGCGCCGUGCUGCGGGCAGCGGCACGCCUGAGAUUGUGACGCGCAGCAUCGCGGCUGCGCUGGCUGGCACGGCCGAGGCGGUGCUGACGCCCUUUGAGCGUGUGCAGACGCUGCUGCAGGACCACCGGCACCACGGGCGCUUCCACAACACAGCGCACACCUUCCGGACACUGUUGAGCGACCAUGGUGUGCGGGAGUGCUACCGCGGCCUUGUACCUGUGCUGGUCCGCAACGGCCCCAGCAACGUGCUCUUCUUCGGCCUGCGCGGCCCCAUCAAGGAGCAGCUGCCCGAGGCCAAGACGCACACCGAGCACCUGGUCACAGACUUUGUGUGCGGCGGCUUACUGGGCGCCGGCCUCGGCAUCAUGUUCUUCCCGCUCAACGUGGUGAAGUCGCGGGCGCAGGCGCAGGUUGGGGGGGCGUUUGUGCCCUGCAGCACAGUGCUGAUGACGGUGUGGCGUGAGCGGGGCGGCAGUUUGAGACUGCUCUUCCGAGGGGCGCACCUCAAUUACCACCGCUCGCUCCUCAGCUGGGGCAUCAUCAACGCCACCUACGAGCUACUGCUCAAGCUUUUGUGACUCGAGUCGCGGGAUAUGAUGUAUGGGAGGAAGGAGGGAAGUAGGGAGAAGGCAGAAGCAUACUGACUGACAGGUGUACUCGGUAUACACACGUGUGCAUCCAGUCCUGUCAAGGGGGAUAAGGCCUCAGACAUUGCAGAUAUUGCGCUGCUUAUUGUGGGUUCACUGAUUUGCCUAAGCAGACCUUGAUCUGUACGUCUAGUAUGAAUGGAAACUGCCAGUUUAUGCCAAUUUUAGAAGGAACAAGAAAAAAUGUCCAUCCAUCCAGAUGAUUAUUUGCAAGCCGCACAAGAAUGCAGCUGAUGUGCUCUCAGGAACCUGAACCGGUACUCUCUGGGUUUGUUGGUGCCUGUUCCUUGACUGAAAGGGGGGAAUAGCAUUAUGUUGUUCCACUUGAGUUUUUCUUGUAUGUGUUUUUUUUGGAAGCUGUAUUGUCCUAAGAGUCUGAUUGGUUUGGGAGAGCUGCACAAAUAUGAGAGAUCUUUGGUGGGGACCAUUGUAGGACAAUUGGUCCAUCCAAAUUGCACAUUUCCUAUCUUACAUGGUGUCGUCGUUUGUGUGUUUAAAAAAACGAAAAGUGAAGAAAUCACAUGAUCUUUGAAAUGCAUAAUUAAUUACAUGAGGACCAGAAUUAAUGUAAAAAUAAUAACAGGUUAAUGGAGAAAAACAAAUCCUUCCAGUGAAAGAUCCAGCUGAUAUCAUUUCAGAUAUUUUAAAAUUGUCAUGAAUUUGCUAAUUUGUUGUGUGUGUUAUGUGGUGCGGUAAUGACGUGACUCUACGAGUCCAGUAAGAAUUACUAAUUUCAAAAUGGCCUCAUCUUUCCCAAAAUGUCAACAGCAUAGUGCAUGUACAAUCUCUUACUUAUGUGUACACAUGCGUUCAAAUGAAUACUGGUCUGUUGACUUCUCUAUGCCUUAAGUAUGGUCAUGCACUGUCAUAGUAUUUUUCAUCUUCCUUAGAUGUAAUACAGAUGAAAUGAUUAUAUAACGGCUUAGUGUGUUUAUUUACAUCUGUGCAUCAUUUUUGAUGUUUUGAACAAGAUUCACUGUGUUCACAUUAAAGGCUGAUGGCCAGGCUAUCAUUAUUUGAUAGACUCACUCAUGCAGACCAUGCAUUCUCUCUGUCACGAGCAUCCACAGACACGCACACACAGAAAUAGUCCAUUAGACGCAUUGUAUCUGACCUGCAAGAAAGUAGGCCAUAAAAAAUGUGUUCACUUCUAACUCACUCAGCCUGUGGACCAGCACAGAAAUGCAUUCUCUCCUACCUGAGGGAAGCUGAUCUCAAAGAAAACAACAUGUCAGUGUUUGGCUGCUGUGAGAGUCCAGUCAGUUAUUGUAUACCAUAAAUCGCCCAGCACAUUGAUGUUUUUAUAUGCUGUCACCACUGCACGGCGUGCAGCAUUGUGAGUCCCCACCCCUGCUGGCCCAGACAUGGCUGUGCUCUCUCUUCCAGCUGGCUGGCGGUAACCUCUACUGACAUAAUGGGCGCAAUAUUUGAGCUUGAGUAGAGAUGAGCCAUGCUGCCUUUUUUUCUCCUCCUCUUCUGCCCCUCUUCCUCCCUUCAUACCCAGUUGUGCCAGCAAAGAAGGCAAGUGUAAGGGGAACGGCUUGAGAAAGUGGGGCUGAGGAAACGAGAAGCAGAUUUGCCCGCCAAGGCUGCAGUGGCACAGCAGAGAGAGCUUCAGUGCAGGAGCCUGGCCUUGUCACCACCACCAAGUGCAUGGUAGUCUGACACUGACUGCAACAGCUAGCUAACUACAAAUAAAAUACUGCAGGCCACAAGGGGUUUGGAGACACACACUGAAAUAUGUUUUUCUAGAUGAAGGGCAAGCUUGUCAUUUGAAUGAAUGAGGGUAGUGUAGGAUGAUGGUUGGCAGAUAUGUUCACCAGAAGGCAUUGAUCAAUAUGAGAAUGAAUGUCCCCCUGGGGUGGUCCGUGGGCCCCAUGACAUUAUUUAACACAGCUCUCCAUCAGAGGAAUUCUUCACUUCCGUGUAAUCAAUCUAAGUGGUAUUUUAUGGCAUGCUAGUUAUAUGAGGAAUGGGGAAGUUGUAUGGUACGUUAGGGAGGGUAAAAGAACAAAGACCAGUUACUGUGGCCCUUCUGUAAAGUGGUAUGGAACCUUCGAGGUCUCUUGACUGAACGCAUCAUGUAAUAACAUGAAAAGGAAGUAGUGUAAAUGUUAAACCUAAAUUGCAUUGUUAUUGCCAUCAUCACAACCCCCAUUUUGGCAAAAGUCAUUCAUCUUAAUGUUCAGCAUUGUGUCCAUGUUGACUAUGAACCAUUUUAUAAUACUGGUAGUGUCAGGAUCUUCAUACGUUGCCUGUUGUGUCCUUUCUAUUGAACUGUGUGUGACUUUCGGAGUGCUUUCGGUAGCUGCUGCUGUGGGUUAUGCAGUGAUGACAUGAUGUAUGUGUGCAAGUUUAUCUAUGACCAAAGUAAACCUGCUGUUGGACUCCGGCUA